AUGGGAGUAUCUCAAGACUGGGUUCGAGGGGCCAGGUUCCCCCACAAGCCCAGUUACUUGCUCACCCAGUUACAGCUUCAUCAAAGCUCUGUGGACUCAUUCGAAGGAACGCAACCGACCACGAAGGAUUACUCGCUCGAGAUGAAAGUCGCGUUUCCGUGGACCUUGUUUCUCUUGCUCGCGACCCUACUGGGAGCAACCCGUUGUGCAUUCCUUCGUGGCGGGCGACGUAGCUCGAAUGUGGGCCCUACCUUGCCGGCUGGGGUGAUACUGGACUCGGAAGCUUUCGCGGGGAGGGAGGACAGCCAUCAAGUGCCUGUACCCAUCGGCGGUCAAACCGCACUUGUCUUCCACAUUUCCGAAACGAACUGGCACGUUCGAAAUGACUCGGCACAUGAGAUUGUGAUUCAAGCACACUUUCUGAAUAGCGAAGCCGAGCAAUCAUGCAAGACUCACACUAUCACUCGAGGCUUUGGGGGCAGUCUAGGAAUACCGAAGACCACAAAGGUGAUGAUCAAUGUCACUAGGGCUGGAAACAUUGAGCACUAGGAUGCAUAUUUAUAUAGUACAAGCAUAAUAUUUCAACAUUUAAUAAGCC